AUUUCUUAGUUUAUAAAAUUGAUCAAGAUGGAGCUAUUGUUAAUACUGAUAUACCAAAGGACACCAAUGCUGAUAAAAACCUCUUAAGACAUCUAACAAUGGUUAUUCCAACCGACCAAAUAUUUCACAAAAUGAAAUUAUUACUUGAUGAUGAAAUUACUGAGAAG